AUCAGGUGCAGGAAGCGAGGGGGGUCGUGGUAAAAGUCGGCAGGAGCUCCUUUUUGGUUCUUUGGUCUCUCGCCAUGGGUUCCAAUGCAUCACGCGGUGGGCCGCCUGCACCUGCCGAGUCGAAGAAGGUAAAGCCACCGAAAAAAUUCCCGUACUCUGAUGUUCGCCUCAUGAAAAAGUACCUGGUGUCUUUCGUCUACUACGAGAAAUCGACGGAGGAGCUCCGACGGAUUGCAGCACAGCACUGGGACAAAGUGUUCAAGGACGCACCGCCGCAGCGCAACGUCACUGCAUCUACCACCGCGAGUGCACACAAGGAAGCCAAGCACAUUACCAAGGCCCAGAAUAACAAGAUCACUGAGCUCUACGACGUUUUCUAUGCCUAUCUGGAAGAGCACGGUGGUGACCUAAAGCACGUCUUCCGCUCGUCUAUGCAUGUCCGCGGUCGCGUUCUGGUUCACAUCAGUGCUGGUAUGCGUACCAUGCUAGCAUCCGAGAACAUCUCGGAGAAGAUUCUGGCGCUGACCAAGACACACCGCCGAUUCGGUGUUAAGCUCGAGCACUACGACUGUGUCGGUCGCGCUCUCUUACAAGCGAUGGAAAAAACGUCGGGCGAGAACUGGAGUCCAGAGAUUGAAGAUGCCUGGAGGAGAAUGUUCUCGCACUCGAGUGUGAUCCUUAUCCGCACGCAGAAGAAGACCGAGAAGCAAGCCAACAAGGAUUCCAAGCGGGCAGCUAAGGAGAAGGAGAAAUUCACAAUGACGGGUAUUGGUCCGUCCUCGAACCUCGUGAUCACCAAGACAGGCCGUGUCAACAACCUUUACAAAAUGAUGACCUCAAUUCGCAGCAGCAGAAGGGAAGGCAUUAGUAAGAACAGUGCCAACGUCACCGGGAGCGCAAGUGAACGGGACAACGAGCCUCGAAAGCCUGCACACUCAUAACGAUUGUUCAAAGGUGAUGUUAACCACAGUGAAAGUGCUGUCACCUCGAAUAGAGUUAAGAGGUAAUCGAUUAUGAAAUGAAUUUACUGUAAAAUUGUAGAAAUUUUUCAGUUCGCUUUCAUUUUAGUCCGACAUGUUUCCGCUUCGUCUCCUACUGAAGCUACCACUCGGGCUUGGACGAACCGGUU